AUGAUGCAUGAUACUGAUGGAUCUUUAUCUCCUAUUAGGGGCUCUGAUAGUUUCCUUGAAGGAGAUGAUAACAGCAACAUCAGACUGAAUGUUGAUGCAAUUCGUUCAACACUAAAUGAGAUGGCAUCUUCUAGUAGCAACAGUAACUCCCAUUCUGGAUGGAGAUCUUCAGAUGAUGAAGAUGAAGCAGAUGUCAUGGAUCAUGAUCUAGAUGAUGAAGGUGGGAAGAGUGCAAGAAGCUUUAGGGAAAAAAGAAAGGCGCACUAUGAUGAAUAUCGCAAAGUGAAAGAGUUACAGAAGAAGGAAUCAAUGAAAAAGGAUGAUGAAAAGCAAUCCAUUGUUGAUGGUGUGGGAGAUAUAAAUAUCAGUAUGCACUACAAAAGAUAA